AUGGUGUCAUUUAAUCAUCGUUUGGGUUUAUCAGUUGAUUUGGAUUAUUCAAACGGUACUGAGUUUGCCAACAAAAUUUACGGCUAUCUAAGAGCUAAUGUCACUCAGUUGCUGUAUGUCUGCAAGCAAAGACGUGACUUCUAUUUAUGUAUGCGUGACAUGUAUUCAAGUUGUGUUAACCAAUUUUAUCUGCUCUCGUUACCAGGCACCACACUCACAAACGUCUUGGAUUAUGUACGUGUCUUAGCACAACUGGAUUUCAUGUGUAACGCCGGUUUUGAAGAAGUAGUAAACCAGUAUGGAUCUUUACUUGGCGCCAGUAACAGUCAGGAGUACCAAAAAUGUCAAAAGGAUUAUGGAACAAGUAUGGGAUCAAAACCAGAAGCUAGAUGCAGCAACACUAAUGAUUUCAUGAAGUGUGCCCAGCAAGCGUUUAGUAAAUACUGUGAAAACAAAGCAGCUGGGUGGUGGAUUUGUGAAGAUCUGCGUUUGUCGUAUGCUAACGAUUGUCCAGAUUUGAGAUGUAACGUUUGA